AUGGCAGCAGAAAGAGCACACUUGCGUAUGCCAAAGCAACGACAGCCAGUCAUUAAAAACCUAAUAACAUACCUUCGACCUGCAAUCCAACGGGCAACGAGAAGUGAUAUCUUGAUAAUUCCCCUUAGCAUCGUCAACAAUAUCCUUCGGUCUACCCCAUGUAUAUACGAGAAUGACCUUUAUUCUCUUAUCCAGAUACUUGGAGAACCUCCACAGAGAAGUCACUGCUCUAGGCUCGAUGUUGUUUCUUUUCAGUGCAUCCUCCUUCUUUUUCUACGUGCUCCAGCAUGCCUUGAGCGUGAGAAAGGCCUUUAUCUGCUCUUGGAUUCCAUGAGGGAAUUGUCUGAUGUUUUACACCAAAAUUUGAGCCAAGAGGUUAUCUUAGCCGCGAGCCAGCGCAAAGCAAUUCUGUGCCAAAAGAUCUACGUUCAGCUUGUUCAAUGUUUUACACAGGCAAAUCCUGAGGCACCAAGGAGAUGGAGCGGCCAAUUUAUCUUGGAACUAAUCCGAGGAUUUGACAAGAAUAAGUGCUAUUUUGUUUCCAUGCGUGAUGGAGUGCGGGGCAUUCUAGACGUUAUUUUUAAUGAUGGCCACCAAUGUCUUAGAAUUAUAGCUGCUACCAUAAUAAAAGAACUAGCGACGGCCAAAUCCAAGCUUCCAGAAUUAUCUGCGAUUGACACCCGGAUCGAGUUACUCAAAAAAUGCUCAGGUUUCUUUCUGCCGGCAUGGGGUGGCCAAUGGGCCAAGGGGAUUCUAGCCGUUAUAUCUGCCAUAGGUCAACCGCUCCAAGGUGCAUUUUAUGCUCAAGCUGUUUCCAUUGAGGGCUUGGUGGAAUCUAUCAAUGCAGUGGACGGCCUUAUCUUCACAUACUCACACAACAACCUUACUAUCUUGACUACUUGCGACUAUCAGUUUAAAUUCAUUGAUAUUCCUUUGAGCUCGAUAGGAAGCGCAAAAGCAGAAGGCAAUAAAAUGAUGAUCUGUCUUGGAUACAACGGAUACUAUAUCAUAGGCGGGAGUAAACUGUACUCCAACAGUCUUCUGAUCGGACCGGCAGAACUUGAUCAUGUGCAUGCAGCGAUAGAGUCUAUCGAACAAAUGAAAGGGGAGUCUGUCAUUGCAUUAGCACAUAUGGAUAUGAUGCUAAUCUCAGAUAUAGCUCGCGAGGAUAGGAAUAAGGCGGCUCUUUAUAAAGAACCAAACGAGGGCGCUGUCGCGAUUAUUGCCUUCGAGGACUGCGGCGUUAAUGAACAUAUGCCAUGGGUACUCCAUGGAUCAAAGCAUACCAGCAGCGAUAAUGACAGUACCACAUCGUUAUGGACAGGAAACCACAGGCCACCUUCGUCUGCCAUAGUUGAGCUGCCAACGGGCGAGGAGGUACUAUGCGCAUCACAGCUAUUCAUAAGUUCGAAUAAUCUAGCAAAAUCACAAGAACAGCAUAAAUGGCCAUCUGAACAGCGAACCCCUUGUCGGGAGCCACAUCUAAGGGAUGAACCCGAAAUUAGAGGUGUAAACGCUAGAAGCCAUCGGCAUGAAGCUUCACCAGAGCUCGAUUCUUCGCUAAACCCCUUGGGUCAGCCUCUUCACCCUUUAGCAUUGCAGGCAAAUGAUGAAGAAGUCAUAGUCUCGCAAACCUCGCCAACUUCAUCUUCAUCAACUUUUCUGCAUCCAAAAUUCGAGGUGGCAAGGGUGGACCGUGCGGCGGGGAGUUUGAGUGACUUGCCUAAUCUAGCAAUGCAAGCAAUUUUACUUCAACCUCAGCAUUUGAACUCCAACUCGCACACAUCAAGAAUACCGACAGAGAAUACACCGUGUGUCGAAGAAUCACCAUGUUGUAGAACCGUGCCAACUGCUGAGAUCGCGACACUCGUACCUAAUUCGCAACCUACCGGUAACCCAACGACUAUUGGGAAUCCAACGGCUAUCAUGACAAACUCGGGGACUAACAAGACACCCCAGGAGUCCGGCAAAACUGGGAGCGAGUCCAAUUCAAUCAGUAACUCUCGUUUAAAACGUCCUAUACAUAAACUAUGCAGCCCGUCUACAAAGAAAGCAGACGUCGACUGGGAUGAAGACCUUCGUGUCGACACUGAAACGCCCCCAGCCCCGAUCCAUGCGCCUUCAAAUAAUCCCAAUUCCAAGGAGGCAUCGGGAAGUGGUAAGCUAGUUAGUGCGUCCAAAGGGAAAAAGAAACCCAAUUCAAAGGCAAAACAAAAUAUAAAUACUCUGAAAUUGGUUUCUCAAAUUGGUGGUGCUUUAACAAAACAAAACAAAAGACCAAAUCGGCAAGUCACCAAGACCCUGACUUCUGGUCGUCAACCUCGGAGUGCUGCUGAGGCAGCCAACAAAAAAAUGGCCCUUGCAACCAAGCGGGAAAAUGCAACGUAUGAUCUUGACGACCCUAUUGAAUCAAGUUAUCCAGGGUCGACGAGUUUAGAGGAUCUUGCGGACCAUACUCAAAUAGAGGAUAACCUGGUGAUAAACUCUGUUCAACCACUGAAAAUAUGUGCAACGAUGACGGAAAAAAUAGCAUCAGACAAAGACUCAAGCGAUCGAUCGGGAGGGGUAUCUAUAGCCUGUGGCAAGAAUAUGGUAUUCGGAAAAAGCAACCUGAGCACAGCUUCACAGACUGCUGCAGGGAAAAGCACACUAUCUUACCGGCCAAAUGGGGCUAAAGGCGAGGACGCGGAAGAGUCCGCCAUAAAUCUGUGCAGUGAUAGUCUACCGGAAGAGGAUGGCGACCAAAUGGGGCAGAACGAGAAUGAUCAAUCGUCGAAGGUAAAGACAUUGAAUCAAGCAGUGAGUUGCCCUCCAGAGGCAGCACCUGCUGGGCUAGAAAUGAAGUUAUCAGGGGUAGUAGGCAGUUUAAGUACUGCAUUGAGCUCAGUAAGUGAGAAAAAGCGAACAGUUGAAAAUACUUCUCAAGUUUCCAAAAACGUCUCUCAAUUUAUGUCUCGAAAUCUGGCGUCGGCUCAAUCGAAUAAUCGCAAACCGGGCCCAGGCCAACCGGGCUAUCAAGACAACCCUAGGUCAGAAAAGGACAAUUUUAAUGUUAUGUGGGUUAAAUCUGCAAGGCCCGUGCCAAAAAAAAUUGCCUCCAGAAGCGGUGGAGAUGCACUCACAAAAGCCCAUGCGUUCGGUAAAAUUUGA